UCUAUCAGUCAAGGUAGCAGUAGCACUAGAGGCUUUUAGAGAUAAAGCAUUUAAUAACUGUUUCUGGUGAGCUGUCAUUGACAUCGAAUGAUCAAGCUAUUAUUUUCUCUGAAACUAACUAAUAGCAGGUGUCUUCAACCACGCUCAAAGGGUCAGCCAUCCAGCCUUGGCCUUUUUUCUAUUCGAUUUGCUGCAAAACCAAAACGUCUGAGCAAUUAGGCUACUGGUUGAUUUGCAUCUUGUAACAACACUAUUUAAUUGCACACAAUGCAGGACACAGCAUCACCAAGAAUCAGAUUCAUUACGCGUUUCACGGAUUUCCAGGAAGACCUAUAACGAAAGAGGCCAGCCAUGGAGGACAGGAGACUUCUCCCUGCAGGGGGAGCAGGUGAUCCAAAAGCAAAGCUCGUGCCCUUAGUGGUCAAAACUGAGCCGGACACAAAGACCCGUAGGGUGAGAGAGGAGGCGAAGCCUAACAUUCCCAUCAGGGUUAAAAAAGAGGACCUCUCUGAAGUGCCCCUCAAAGUGCCCAGAUUCCAGUAUGUGGACUUCCCUUCGCUGCACCAGUGCAUCCAGCAAUUCACUGUGCCACCCCUGGACAGCUGGCUGGAGGGCUUUCCCCCGGCCCUGGGAAGACCCUCUGGAGGACGCACCCCUGUCACUUCCAAGGAGAGAGUUCCCAAGUUUAAGUAUGUAGAUUAUCCCUCUCUGCACCACUGCAUCCAGCAGUUGUCUGUGCCACCUCUGGAGAGCUGGAGCUCGGGGUUGGCCAGGUCAGGGUGUGGGGUGACAGGGGGACCUGGAUCCACCACCUCUCAGCCCAGCUCUGUGAGGGGGAAUCAGACAAUACAGGGAGAUGGUUCAGCAUCGGCUCACAAGCAGGACAAGUAUACUGCUUUCCCCUUCCCUGGUCCUGACUCCGGCUCCAUCCAGUGUGUGACCUCCUCAAACAAGGCAUCCCAUAAGCCUCAGCGGCUUCAGGUGAGCUUGAGCAGUCCACCCCGAGCCAGGCCUGCAUUAAGCUCACAGGGGGAAGAGACUUGCCAUAAGGUGGUGUGUUCAGAUCAGCUGUCUCAAAAGUCCUCUAAUCCCAAAUCUUUGGUUGCUGGAAUGAAGCGUGUCAGAGGAGCAGAGCCACUCCAUCAGAGCAAUAGGAAGUCAGCUGGUGAUGAUGAUUGGCAUGCAGACCUAAACAAAUCUCCCCAAAGUCAUCAAGAGGCCCAAGUAAAGCUCAGUGACUCUCCUGACCUAGGACAAGGGUUUUGGAGAACCAUCCCAGUCUGUCUGCCCCUUUUGCCAAAAGAUGUUUUCAGAUCCAGAGGAAUUGCCGAUCCACCAGAAGAGUCACAGAGAAAAGAAGCCACAUUGAUGUCUUGACCAAGGAAAUGUACAGCUGACAACAAUGAACAUCUUAAAAACUGUGCAUCUACUUCAGUACUUGCUACACAGGCGUGGACUAGGGCAGGCUUCUCCACAAAUUAUUGGUCACCUGAUAAGAGUUCCACUGAGGUGGUUUUGAGUGUUUAUCUUGAUUACCUAAGUGAGGGACUACAAACAAACCACUUUAGCGAAGAGCUUCAUUCAUAAUUCAGUCUAUGAAUUAAACUUUCAAUGGGAAAGACUGACCUGCAGUGGCUCUUGAUGGUCUUACAACUCCUUAUUUACCUAUGGGUUCAUUUGCCAGGAGGUGGUACACAUUAGAUGAGAUAUAACAAGGAAAUUAGCCAUUUGAUGUUGUUUAAAUUAAAAAUGUCAGGAAUUAGAUUGAAAUGCAAUGCAUACAUUUUUGUAUUACUGUAGUUGAGAAUUAGGCUUUCAUUUAUUUUCCUUAAAAGGGAUGCCAACCUUGUUUACUGGAGAUGGCUGCCUGUUCAGUAUUUCAACAUAAUUAUCUAGCUUUGGGUGCCUAUAAAACCUUUAACUUUUGAAAUGCUGCGAAACAACACAUGCUUCUUUAUAAUUUCUUAUCUAAUGUUUGUAUUUUGAUGUUUCUUUUUUACAAUGGUAAUUAUACAUAUUAUUGAUUGUAAUGUCUAGAAAUGUGUUUUAAAUUGUCUGUGUGCAUUAAAUAUUUUUUAGUAAAGAUUAUUACUCUACUUUAUAUCUCCAACAAAUGCUUUACGCUUACAAGUGUCACAUUCUUUUCAGUAUAUACUAUAUACUACAGCAUCCUCUAGAAAAUGCCAAGAAAACAACCAUGAUUAUUUAGAGCUCAACCUUUCCAUCGACAACAUAAUGACAAAACGAUUUGUAAUGAUGUAUGGCUAUGCCAUACAACUAGCCAACUUCACUAUUGAUUAAGAACUAGGCCUACAACAUUAAAAGUUGUAAAGUAAACCGGUCCAGACCAUAACUAAAUGAUUUUAAUGUAAACAAUGUGGCAUCACUGUCAUCCCACAUUUAAAAAAUACUUCAGUUUACUAUAGAAUACUACAGUACUUACUAUAGCAUUCUGUAGUA